UAAUCAACAUAGCCUGAAAGUAGUGCAGUGUUGAGCAGAGCAGGCGGCAAAGCCGUUUCUUAAGUUCUGAACAGAACUAUCAAAGUUACUUACUAAAAUCAUAAUGUAAGUGUUUAUGGUUAAUUGAAUGUUUUGUAAUUAUAUAUUUUACAUCAGCUAUUCUUAAGAGCCACAAAAUGAAGGAAAUAGUCUUGUCGCACUGCGAACGGAACUUCAUCAACAAAGCCAUUUCGCAUGAAACGCGCUUAGAUGGAAGAAACUUUCUGGAGUCUCGUCCCGUCAAAAUUUAUUUCGGUUCGAAUUGGGGUUGCUGCUUCGUGAGUCUAGGUCGAACAAAAGCCCUUGCUCAAGUUUCUUGCGAAAUUCAACCACCUCUGGGCUCACGACCAAAUGAAGGAAUGUUGCACAUAAAUAUUAAUUUGAGUCCACUUGUUGUACUGCAAUCUGAAAGUUCGAAGCAAUCAGAAACUACAGCCUUGAUUAACAGGCAAAUAGAAAAAUGUAUUAAGGAUUCUAAGUGCAUUGACUUGGAAUCGCUUUGCAUUGUGGCGGACAAAAAGGUUUGGAAUUUAAGAGUGGAUGUUAGUAUCAUAAAUCACGAUGGGAACUUAACUGACUGUGCUUCCAUCGCAGCAAUUACAGCCCUUUCUCAUUUUCAUCGACCAGAUGUUACUUGCGAUGGCGAAGAAGUUACGGUCCACUCUUUUUCCGAAAGAGAUCCACUGCCCUUGACUCUUUAUCAUUACCCAGUUUGUGUCUCCUUUAUUAUAUUUGAAAAUGGCCAUACAGUGAUCGAUCCUACGUAUUUAGAGGAAAGAGUAGGCGUAGCCCAGUUAACAAUGGGAAUAAAUUCGUAUAGAGAAGUUUGCAGUCUGCAUUUUGAUUAUUUAACCGAGACUACAUUAGCUAUCGAUGCUAUUCCUGCAGUUUCCAAUUAUGCUGCUUAUUAUGCAGGUCAACUGACAACUAUGAUAAAAGAGACAGUGCAGAGGGACGUAGAAGCUAGGUAUACAAAAUUAAAAAAUAGCGGUGCUCUUAGAUUCAAAGAUUGCAUUACAGAUGACAAAAUGACUACACUAAUGGACGAAAAAAUCUGUAUUAAAUUAUCCGAUUGGCAUGCUGGACUUAAACCGGAAAUUCCAGAUUCAGAUGAGGACAUUGAACAAAAUAAGGAAAAAGAAGAAAUGGAGAUGGAAUCAGACGAAAUAGAAUACAACUCAGUAGUUGUAAAAACAGGGGAGGGAUCGGCGGAUUUGUUCGAAGACAAGACUAAAUUAAUUGGCAUGGGUGGUCACAAUACUUGGCAGAAUUCAGAUUCAUCGGAAGAAGAAGACGGCGAAGAAGAGCAUACAAAAGAUGUGGAAGUUUUGGAAGUGACGACAACAAGAAAAGUUUUAGCUGACAUAGAAUUAAGUGGAGACAGUGAAGAAGAGACGACCGACACAGUAUCCACUAAAGACCUUAUAUAAACAAGAGUUUCUUUCUCCUACAUUUUCAAAAUACGACUUUUGUCAGUAAAAAUAAAAUGAAUACUUCAAAAUUC